GGAUCUAUGCUCCCUUAGUAGCAGCCUGGAUCUCUGUCCUGGAUGGAUCCGUGGAGAUGGGCUGAGGCAGAGGACACAGAUUCAAUAACACCGAGACCAGCAGCUGUAGAGUACCGCACUUACAGAAGGAAAGACUCGGUCCUGCUUGCCCUCUUCUCCUGCUUGUCUUCAGUCUUGGCCACAGCAGGCCAGGGAAUGUCCCGGCUGCGAGAUGCCUUACGUGGACCGACAGAACCGCAUCUGUGGCUUCUUGGACAUCGAGGAAAACGAGAGCAGUGGCAAGUUCCUGCGCCGUUACUUCAUACUGGACACACAGCAGGGAAGCCUGGUCUGGUUCAUGGACAACCCACAGAACCUGCCCACUGGUACAGACUGUGUUGGCUCCCUCAAGCUCACCUACAUCUCUAAGGUCAGCGAUGCUACUAAGCUGAGGCCUAAGGCAGAGUUCUGCUUUGUCAUCAAUGCUGGGAUGAGGAAGUUCUUCCUGCAGGCCAAUGAUCAGCAGGACCUUGUGGACUGGGUCAACGCUCUCAAUAAAGCCACAAAAAUCACUGUGCCAAAGUUGUCAGAUGGACUGCAGAAUUCAGAGAACCAGAAGGCCUUGCCAGAUGUCGUAGGACCCAAGAAACAAGUUUCCUAUAAGACAGAGAUCAUUGGAGGAGUCCCCAUUGUCACCCAGACACAACAUGAAGGUGGCGAUAGUACAGACAGAGCAGAGCGUGAGGCCAUGCAUCGCUCUCACAGCCAGCUGCCAUACUUCCUGAACAGACCAGCACAUGAGCACACCAUCAUCAAGUCAGGCUACUGUGUGAAACAAGGAGCUGUGAUGAGAAACUGGAAACGACGAUAUUUUCUGCUGGAAGAAAACUCAAUGAGUUACUUCAAAUCUGAUUUGGAGAAAGAUCCUCUGAGAAUGAUCCCACUGAGGGAAGUUCACAAAGUCCAAGAGUGCAAACAGAGUGACAUUAUGAUGAGAGAUAAUCUUUUUGAAGUCGUCACCACAUCAAGGACAUUUUACAUACAGGCGGACAGUCCAGAGGAGAUGCACAGCUGGAUUAAGGCUGUCUCAGGGGCCAUUGUGGCCCAGCGGGGGCCUGGGAGGUCUGCUGCCUCAGAACACAGCAGCCAUCCCACUUUCUACCGCAGCCCCACGGGUCACCCCGUCGCUCGCUCGCCCAUCUCUGCCAUGCCACCAUGCUACGCAGAGUGCGGGGCUGCUGUCACGUGCAGCACAUGCUCGCAGCCUGGCGUGGGACAGCGAACACUUCAUGAGCCUGCUGCCACGGCCCAGUCACAGCCACAUGCCAACACGCCUGUCCCUGCAGGAAGCACGCCUGGCGAAGUGACCUGCAGUGCACCUGCAGUCACCAUCACCAGCUCUGAGGAGUCACCAUGGCGACGGCGGAGCAAGUUUGAGCCCCACAUGCCUGAACCACCCCUGAACCUGGACAACGCUGAGCUGCCAGUGAGCGAAGUCUGAGUCCAACGAACUGGAUGUUAAACCCGGUCAUCUGGACGGAUCCUGACAGAGAUUUCAUAGGUAAAGAGGUAACGGUGUACGGCAGGCGUUUAAAAAAGAAAGUUGAGGCAAUCAUUUUCAAACCACAGCUGUUUGAGGAUGACAGCGUACAGCAUCACAAACUUAUCUUUUGAGUUCCUCCAUCAGUGCUAUCAGUGUGUCACAGGAACCAGUUGGAUCACCACUGAACUCCCCUCGUGUGCCAUAAACGACCCCGUCUUCACCCACACCCCUCUGCCUUCCGGUUGACACAUUUACUACUGUGUAUUUAUUUACUAAGAGUUGACGUUGUCAAACAGAACCACAAAUUUUAGUUUACUUGUGCUAAUUAGAAUUUAGAGGCAGCAUUAUUUUAACCCGUACAGGCACACUGAUGUGGUCAGUGGUAUUUAUGGGCAGAGGGAUUUUGUAAACCACUUUCUGUCAAGAAAACGAGGGCACUGUUAAGGGUGCCAUUUCUUUCCUCAUAUCUAAUAAGUGUUCAAAAUGAGGACUAGAUUUCAUCACUUCUCUAACUGUGUGGUCCACUCAUACACACUAUUUGCAACACUGGACUUGUCUACUAAUGUUGUUCAGUGUUAGGGACACUAGGAGUAGACACAAAAAA